UGACUUGUGUGUGUGUAAUUUUGCACAUCAGUUCUUGCUUGAUCCUUGGGAGCCAGGCAAAGCUUUUGUCAGCUCUUUUGCUUUGAUUGAUUGACUGUGCAGUGAUUUUCCGCAGUGAAAUUCUAUCUUUUUACCAUCAUCUGAAGCACAUCAUGAGUUUUGGUGAGAAAGCCAGAGGAAGCAUCAAAGUCUGCAACAGGGCUGUGGUGGUGUCUGUUAAAAACUUUCAUCGUGGAGUUGAGUUGGAAAGGCGGUGUGGAGUCAGUAUGGACAACCUGCGGCUUGAAAGAUGCCUGACCAAGUUUGGUUUCACCGUGGAGAAGCAUGAAGACCUGACUGCACAAGAGAUCUACAAACUAUUUAAAACAGAGAGCAAAAAGACUGUUGGCAACUGCUUCAUUGGCAUCAUUUCAACACAUGGAGAGGAAGGGGUGAUCUUUGGGGCAGAUGGCAAUCGCGUGACACUCUCUCGGAUCUUUGGGUUUUUUGAUAACCCCACCAUGGUUAAUAAGACAAAGCUUUUUCUUGUGCAGGCUUGUCGAGGCGACAUGUUAGACAGUGGAGUUGAAAUAGAGACAGACUCAGUCUCUGUUUCAGAUGAAGAUGAUAAUCUCUCAGACUACCUCUCCAUUCCUAUCAACACAGCUGUCAUGUAUGCAACAGCUCCAGGUUACAGCGCCUUUAAGAAACCAUCAGGCUCAGUCUUCAUCCAGACUCUCUGUGACCUUCUGGAAGAGGACGGAGGUCGUGACCUGGAGAUAACUCGCCUCAUGACUCGCCUAAACUACCAGGUCGCCUACCACUUCCAGGCAAGUGGAGGGGGCCUGAAAGGCAAGAAGGCGAUGCCAUGCUUUGCCACGCGCCUCACCGAAGAGGUGUGGCCCUUCAGAGACUCGGAGAGGAGCACUGAGGAGCCGAGUGGAAAACUUGCAACCACAACAGCACGGGUGGAGGGAUCUCGCAAACCACGCAAGCGCUCCAUCAGCUAAAGGAACACGCUGAUAAUACUUUGAUUGAUUUGGGUUGCAUUUUCAAUGUCUUCUUUUCAGCUCUUUCCAGGGACCUUUAUGCGCUUCGAUGUCAGUAGAGAAGGUUCUCUGUACCGUAUAGACAUACUGUAGCUGCACACACAUGCAACUUCAUGUUUCACAACUUCUUUUGUUUGAUUUAUAUUCAGAACAUUUUCUGUAUGCAUUAUGUAUUUAUAUCUGUAUGUUUUUUUGUAUAUUUGGAGUCAACACCAAAUUCUCCAUUUUAUGGAGAAAUCAAUUGACAAUAUCAUAUUUUUACAGUAUGUUUUGUUUUACAUAAUUUUGUAUAUAGUUGUACAUACUUUUGGAACAUAUAUUUGUGUUGGCCAUUAGUCAUUAGUGGAGUAAAUGGGGCUCUCACCAAACUGAAAAGCUGAAAGUCAGAGUGUGAGGGGGUAGCCUCAGCUUCGUCUUCGAUGAGUAAAGGUUUUCAAGAGUGGGGAGUCAGGAGUUUCCAGCUCACUGUCAGCCUCAUCCUCUGACCAGGAAGGAAGUUAGAAGAUGAGGUCUUGGACUUUCCCUUCAGAGCCAGUGAAUAACUAAAGCACCCUGUGUGGUCUGUAGAGCUUAUGACACCUUGUACUCACCUUUGGUGGCAUCUCUGGCUAAGCAAUGGAUUCCACUCCAGGGUAAUUAAAUCAAAUCAGGCAAUCCAUGGCCUAAGAAAUGAACCAUUAAUUACAACAUAAAUUAAAGACAUGAUUCUGAGGCAACCACUCACAUCUGUAGCCUGAGCAUACAAACCAAUAGGUAUCAUAUCAAUCAAUUAAUGAUGGUACACCAACAGUGGAAAUUAUGUGACUUAUAGGUUUCUGCUAUGUCUGUUCAUACCAUGGAAUCCUGAUUAAACCUAGGUUAAGUUUUAAAUAUACAUGAACAAGUUUUAAAUGUUCCAUGU